GAACACCUAAAUAUGAGUUAGUUACUGGGUCAAAGAAACAGAAACCGACGUUGAGCGAAGCCGAGAGAGGUGUCGCCGUGCGAGUGCUUUGAGGAGGCUUGGUUGAGCUGCUUCCUCCGCCAAACUCUCUCCUCCCUCCCAUUUUCCUCCUCGCAAACUUGACGUCCUCCGAACUCCACGGAAGCCUCUUCCUCAUCGCCCCCCUUCCCCCUUUAAUCCUUCUGCCUCCAAUUUCCUCCGCCUUUCUCAAUCUCCAUUGCCCAGCUGAUUAGUCUCACAACCAACACAAGCCAUGGCGAAUUCGGCGUCGGGAAUGGCGGUGAGCGACGAGUGCAAGCUCAAGUUCUUGGAGCUGAAGGCCAAGAGGAACUUCAGGUUCAUCGUCUUCAAGAUCGACGAGAGGAUACAGCAGGUGAUGGUGGAGAAGCUGGGCCAGCCCGGGGAGACGUACGACGACUUCGCUGCGUCCAUGCCGGCUGACGAGUGCCGCUACGCCGUCUUCGACUUCGACUUCGUCACCGACGAGCACUGCCAGAAGAGCAAGAUCUUCUUCAUAUCCUGGUCACCCGACACGUCGAGGGUGAGGAGCAAGAUGCUGUACGCGAGCUCCAAGGACAGGUUCAAGAGGGAGCUCGACGGGAUCCAAGUGGAGCUACAGGCGACCGAUCCGAGUGAGAUGAGCAUCGACAUCGUGAAGGGGCGAGCUCUAUAAGACCUCCUCCUCUGCUCUGCUCUCCAUCCUUCGACCGAUGAAUCGAGUCUCCCACAUCCGCUUUUCCGACCACGUCAAAGGAUUUCAUUUGUGCUGCUUUUGUUUCUUGUUCUGCGUUCUGCUCAUUCUUUCGUAUGUAAAUUAGAGGUCCGAAUCACAACAAGUGUCGUCUUCUUCCUUCCUUCCUUGGGAAUUCAUCCAUUCAUUCACUUGUAUCCGUCAAAACUUGUUCUUUCUCAAGAGCAGUAAUCUCCAUUACUUCC